AUGGGUAACGGCAUCAACCGGGAGGGCGACGGCUCUUCGAGCUCCGGGUCGGACACCGUCACCCCACCCCAAGCGCGUAAGAGCACAUUCAAGCGAAUUGACAGUUGCGAUGGCCGUGCACAAGCUCACCAAAACACAGCGCAGCCCGUUCUGCCGGGCCGCCGUUGCUUCGUCACCGUCGGAGCAACGGCGGGCUUCACCGCGCUGCUCGAAGAGGUCAGCACCCCAGACUUCCUGCGCUGCCUCGGGGAGCACGGCUACAGGUUCCUGGACGUCCAAUGCGGCCCGGACUUCGCCCUGUUCCACCAGCGCAUCAGCAACCUGAGCGACGAGGAGAAGGGCGGCGUCUCCGUCCAGUACUUCGGGUACACGCCCGACAUACUGGGGUACAUACUUAGUUGCCGCGGCGAGGAGAACGUCCGCCCCGCGGGAUGCGUCAUUUCGCACGGCGGCACGGGAACUGUUGGUGAGGUACUCGCCGUCGGAGCCCCACUGAUUGUCGUCGCGAACCCGACGUUGAUGGACAACCAUCAACUUGAGCUGGCACAGGGCCUCGAGGACCAGAACCAGGCCAUUCACGGUCACAUCGGGAGCCUUGCCUUCGCAAUCCACCGCAUGGCCGUCCGAAUCUCCGAAGGCACGUUAGACGCCCUCCCGCCGUACUCUCCACCGCCGUUUCCCGUUGCCGCCGCCGAUCGCAUUACUCUCUUCGAUUGGAUGGUGCUGACCUGCUACCCAGAGGAGCUAGCUGCUCAGAUGCACCUUGCCGACCUGCGCUCGGCCUCAGUAGAGUUCGCCCAUGAACAGCAGCAGCAGCAGCAGCAGCAGAUGGUGAAUGGCAACAGCCCUACGGUGGCGACCAGCAACCAAGGAGACAACGUCUUGCCCCAGCUCGAUUAG